AUGAGACAGUACCUUAUGCAGGGUGUUAACUUUCCAGGCUACUCGUGGGGCACGCCCAGUCGCGACUGGAGGACUCCGGAGCCGCACGGACUGCCCCCACCUAGCUUCGAACCCACGGACACCAGCAUCACGGCGCUCGCUGGGCAGACCGUGUACCUGCCGUGCAGAGUGGCGCACCUCGGUGACAAAGUGGUGUCGUGGAUCCGGUCGCGGGACCUGCACAUCCUGACGUCCGGCGUGCUGACGUACACGUCGGACUCUCGGUUCGAGGUGCUGCACGGCUCCGACCCGGACUCGUGGACGCUGCGGCUGGUGGGCGUCCGGCACGAGGACGGCGGCCGCUACGAGUGCCAGGUCAACACCGACCCCAAGCUCAGCCUGCCCGUGCACCUGCACGUCAGAGAACCAAAUCAAAAUCAAGGUGAUUCUCCGUAUUCAUCUGACACUGGAUGGACAUGGAAGCCGGGUACGCACACAGGCGCGGCAGAGUCCCGCAUCCUGGGCCCCACGGAGCAGGUGGUACGCGAGGGCAGCACCGUCACCUUCACCUGCGAGGCGGCCGCCCUAUCCACGUCUUCUCCGGGCGCAGCGCCCCUCCACUGGCUGCACGACGGCCGUCUCAUCAGUCUCCAGGCGCAGCGCGGCGGCUUCAGCCUGGAGACGGAGCGCGGCCCGACGCUGGUGACGAGCCGGCUGACGGUGGCCGGCGUCACCGAGGCGGACAGCGGCCGCUACACGUGUCGCCCGCCCGGAGCGCGGCCCGCCACUGUCUCCCUCGCCGUCAUGCUGGGUGAGCACACAGAAGCGAUGCAGGGCGCCGGGUCCACGUCAACGGCUGUUCGGCUGUGGGGGCAGCUGACGCCUGCGCUUCUGGGCGUCGCCGUUUCCUGCUGGUGGCGCUCCUGGGUGUCAGCCACAGCCUCCUGAGACGUCGAGGUCUUCACCGACGGCCCGCUGAGUCGGCCUGUGACUUGGAGUGGAUGCUCGGCGCUUAGACUGACUUACUGUGAAAGACACUGCUGGUGGAAUACUUUUGCCAGCUAGCCAACACUGACUUCACUGUCUAUGACAGAUCUCUGUCAUGUCCUUUACUUGGCUUCUCGCGUGUGACAUGACUGAAACACGAGCAUCUCAUUUCGUUGCUAUAUUUCUUAAAUGUCCCACAGCAGCCUGAUAACAAUCAUUUGUAACAUGGAAAACAGUUGACUUGCAAUUCUAAAGUGACCAGUGAUUCACCUGCAACAGAAAUUGUUACUACCUUUAAGUGCAGACAAGAUUUGCAUAUUGACAAAAAUGCAUUACGAAAUAAAAACUUUAUUUGAUCCUUUUCAGAAACACUCUGAAUUGUGUUGAUUGUUUCGAAACUUAAAUCUGUGUAAACAUAUGAAACUAAGGCUUAAUGUUGAUUGUUGAGUAGUUGUCUGUGAGUAUGAUAACAAGAAAAAAGUGAAGGAAGAGAUUCGAUCCUGUCAAAUUAACUUGUCAAGAUAACCUUGUACGUCUAAACAACACAGCUGUGGUGACUGAGGUAUGUCGCGGAAUCGAAACGUCUUGAUGAUACACUUGCCUCCCUUUUUUUUAUUCAUUAUUGAAAGACUUGUAUAUUACAGCCUUGCUGGGACCUUUGUUUAAGUAAAUCCCUAGAAAAUUGUGUCAGUGGCGGAAUAUUUUGGCUGUUAGGCAACACUAACUUCCCUAUCUAUUGGCAGACGUAUUUCGCGUUAUUUACUUCCAUUCGUAUUUGAUAAUACCGACAAAUUUAUUCUCGCAGUUCAUUACAGUCUGUAUUAAUCAUGGCACAGUAAGUUGAAACAGUGGUCUGUAAGUGUUAGUGCAAAAGUGAAUUGUAAUUUUAGAAUUUGGAGAAAAAUGACAUACUGCCCUGACAUUAAGAGACCGAUUACGUUCUUUUAUAUUUUAUAGCUUUUUAUGACACAAUCACAUCAUGUAACUGUAGAAUCAGAUGUAAAUACAAAAUAUGCAGAAUGAGAUAUUCCUUUUAUGAAUGAAGACCCAUGCCAGUAGACAAAGGGAUGAUUUCACACCACAUACAAGACCUCGAGCUCUACCUACCAUUGCCUUCAGGGUUGCCGACAACGCAACGGAAACCGUUUGUAACAUGAGCCUUCAGUUGUGAUUUAAUCCGUUCUUAUCAAUACGUAAAUAGUGACAUGACCACUAGAGUAGAUGCACCAAACAGCUGCUUAUAAUAAGUUAUCUUUAUUUACGACAGACCAUUUCGGCUUUUUGCCAUUUUCAAGUACGUCUGCAUUGAUGUGACGUCCAUAUUAUGUCGUUAGUGGACUGUCAUAACUAUCACUGUUUGAGAAAGAUUGUAAACCAUGUCAGUAUGUUGAAAAUAAAAUUUAAUUACGAUGCGACAGUGGUUUGACAGUUCCACUCUUUCGACACUAUAUGUUUUCAACAAAUUGACAUUAUUUACCAUCUUGUUCACACAGUGACAGUUAUAAGACAGGCCACUAACAACAUAACUGGACGUCACAUCAAUCUAGACGCACUUGAAAAUGCCGAUAAAACCGAAAGAGCCUGUCGUUGAUAAAAAUUACUUAGUACAAGCACCUAUUUGAUGCAUCUAUUCUAAUAAACAUGUCAUUAUCACACAUAUAUUACGUUGCUGGCCCAAAAGAUGAAAAAUUAAGUAGAUAGUUACUUCGCAGAUUUUAAAG